CAACUCUGCAAUGUUGGCCCACUACAGGCUGCAGAACCAUUCUUUACCAAAGUGCCCAGUCUGCAGCAAUUACCCUGAUCAAACUGCUCAAGAACAGCAGAAAAAAGGUAACCAGAAUGCAGAAACACAUCCAACAUGAACCUCAAAGUCCCUCAAAACAAACCUACAGCCUCUCCAGUCAUUCCUUGCAACAUGGAUUGCAAGACUCCUGCACACUCCACUGGCAGAAGAUAGAAAAUGGACAUCAAAAGGGCAAUGUUACAAUGUUCAUGGGGGACUUCAAUAUGCACAUAGAGAAGGAAAAUCAGGUUGGUGCUGGAGAGGAAACUUCUAGAAUACCUGCGAGAUGGUUUUUAUAGAAAUCUUGUAGUUGAACCCACUGAGAGAUCAGCUAUUCUGGGUUGGCUUUGUGCAAUGAACUGGAAUUGAUUAAAGAGCUUAUUAUAAGAGAACUCUGAGGGGAAAGUGAUCAUAAUAUAAUAGAAUUUACCCUGCAAUUUGAGAAGGAGAAGGAUUAGUCUAAAGUAUUGUUACACACUCAACCCUGUAGAAGUCUCAGCAGCAAUAGAACACCCCGGAGUCUGGUUUUGCUGUUCUAUUAGUAACUAUGUAAUAUAGUAACUUAAACCAGGUAAAUCAAGAGUUAACGGUGUUAUGCAUAUAUACGUAUAAAUAAAGUUCCCAAACUUAUUCAAGCUCAGGUGGCAAGAGUUACCGUCUUACACGUAAAAGUUCUGUUCAGAUGCAUGGGAUUGAAGUGAGAGAGAGCUACUUGUAAUCUGAAUAAACAGGUGUCAUCGAUCCUCCUCGAUGUCCUCCAAAUCUUCCAAGUCAGCCAAAUGUGACCAACUUAAGAGCGCUGUCUUCAAGUGAUAAUCUACCAACCCAGGCAAGGGUUAGACACACUGGUAGAUUCCACAGGGUCGCCCUUUACAUGCACUAAUAGUCACUGAUUGAUUCCUCUUAAUUAAUCCUCAGCCCCACCCUCUGUGGGUACUUAAAAGUUCAGUGGCAAUUUCCACCACCAGCCUUCAUGUGUCUGUGUCCUGUGAAACAAGCAGUGGCGCUCGUUUAAAUAUCAUUGUGCUGAACAUCAGCUGUCCAUCAUAUAUAUCUCUCUCUCUCACUCACAAACUGCUGGCACUGUCUCCCUCUGUCUUACAGAUAUGGUUCUUAAAGACAGUCCAUAAUGAGUAAAGAUUCCAUCACAGUAUCAGUAUUACUUUCGAGUAAAGAUAAUUACAGAAGCAUGAGAGAGGAGUUGGCCAGAAAUGAUUGGAAAAGAACACUGGCAGAGAUGAUGGCAGAGCAGCAAAGACUGGAAUUUCUGGAUGUGAUUCAGAAGGUACAGGAUAUAUACAUCCUAAAGAGGAAGAAGUCUUCUGAAGGCAAGAUGACACAACCAUAGCUAACCAGGGAAGUCAAUGCCAACAUAAACGCUAAAGAGAGGAGUGUACAAUAGAGCAAAAAUUAAUAGGAAAUUAGAGGAUUGGGAAGCUUUUAAAAACCCCCAGAAGGCAACUAAAGAAGUCAUUAAGAAGGAAAAGAUGGAAUACAAAAAUAGUCAAUAAUAUUCAAGGAUACCAAAGGUUUCUUCAAAUACACAGAGUGUAAGAGAGUUGAGAGUAGGCUGCUGGGAAAUGAUGCUGGAGAGGUUGUAAUGAGGGACAAGAAAAUGGCAGAUGAGCUGAUAGAGUAUUUUGCAUGUCCUCAGUGUGGAGGACACCAGCAGGAUGCUGGAAGUUCAAGUGUCAGUGGGUAGAGGUGUGUGAAGUUGCCAUUACUAGGGAGAAGGUUCUUGGGAAACUGAAAGGUCUGAAAGUAGAUAAGUCACCUGGACCAGAGGGUGUACACACCAGGGUUCUGAAAGAAGUGGCUGAAGAGAUUGUAGAGAUGUUAGUAAUGAUUGUUCAAGAAUCAUUUGAUUCUGGCAUGGUUCUGAAGGAAUAGAAAAUUGCAAAUGUCUUUUUACUCUUCAAGAAAGGCAGAAGAAAACUAUGAGCCAGUUAGUUUGAUCUCAUUGGUUAGGAAAAUAUUGGAGUCGAUUGUUAAAGAUAUGGUUUCAGGGUACUUGGAGGCACAUGAUAAAAUAGGCCAUAGUCAGCAUAGUUUCCUCAAGGGAAAAUCUUGCCUGGCAAAUUUGUUGGAAUUCUUUGAAGAUAUAACGUGCAGGAUAGAUAAAGGAGAAUUGGUGGAUAUUGUGCACUUGGAUUUUAAAAAGGCCUUUGACAAGAUGUCACACAUGAGGCUGUUUAACAAGUUAAGAGCCCAUGGUAUUACAGGAAAAAUACUAGCAUGGAUAAAGCAGUGGCUGAUUGGCAGGAGGCAAAGAGUGGAAAUAAAGGGAGCUUUUUCUGGUUGGCUGCCAGUGACUAGUGGUUUUCCAUAGGGGUCUGAGUUGGGACCACUUCCUUUUACAUUAUACAAUAUGUUAAUGACUUGGAUCAUGGAAUAGAUAGCCUUGUGGUAAAUUUUGCAGACAAUACGAAGAUAGGUGGAGGGGCAGGUUGUUUUGAGGAAGUAGAGAAACAACCGAAGGACUUAGACCGAUUAGGAGAAUGGGCAAAAAAGAUGGAAUACAGUGUCAUGAAGUAUAUGGUCAUAUACUUAAAGAGAAGAAAUCAGAGAGUAGACUAUUUUCUAAAUGGAGAGAAAAUUCAAAAAUGCGAGGUUCAGAGGGACUUGGGAGUCCUUGCGCAAAGAUUAAUUUGCAGGUUGAGUGGUGAGGAAAGCAAAUGUGACGAUAGCAUUAAUUUCGAGAUGACUAGAUUAUAAAAGCAAGGAUGUAAUUUUGAGGCUUUAUUAGUCACUGGUGAAGCCUCGCUUGGAGUAUUGUGAGCAGUUUUGGGUCCCUUACCUGGGAAAGGAUGUGUUGAUAUUUGAGAGAUUCAAAGGAGCUUCACAAAAAUUGAAAGGCUUGUCAUAUGAAGAGCAUUUGAUGGCUCAGGGUCUCUACUCACUGGAAUUCAGAAGAAUGAGGGGUGACCUCAUUGAAACCCAUUGAGAAGUUUUUUUAGCCAAAAGGGCUGAAUUUGUGUAAAUCGUUGCCACAAGUGGCUGUGGAGGCCAAGUCACUGGGUAUACUUAAGGCAGUGGUUGAUAGAUUCUUGAUUGGUCAGGGCAUGAAGGGAUAAAGGGAGAAGGUAGGAGAUUGGGGCUGAGAGGGAAAAUGAUCAACCAUGGUGAAAUGGCAGAGUAAAUUCAGUGGGCAAAAUGGCCAUAUUCUGCUCCUAUAUCUUACGGACUACAGCUCGCAAGCAGGAGAGGAAAAGUUAUCAAGCACAGGCAGACAGUGCCAAACACCUGCCCAUCUUCCACUCUCAUCCUUGUCGACUUCAACCUUGGUCAACGCCUCAAUUGGAGAGAAGCAAUAAGGUCGGUCAUGGGCUUCUGCACCAGUCUCCAGACUUUCAGGUAAUGACAUUAAUAGUGGCAAUUAUUACCAUUGCCAUCAGUAUCCUUGGUGUCAUCAUGAACUAGAAACUCACCAGGACAAGUCAAAUAAAUAUCAUGGCACUAAUGCUCUUCUGGUAAAUACAAGAUGCAAGUCAGGAAUAUGUUUGAAUGCAAUAGCAAACACACUUAAGCAGUUCUUUAACUUUCAAGGUGGGUGAUUAAUGGCCACAUUUCAAAAAUUUAUUGCUUCCACGACUAGCACAUAGUAACUGCUAGUGUGUACCACCCGUAAAAUGUACAGACUACACCAAGUCCUUCAUGCACAUGCCAACGACCCUGACUUGGUGUGUGACUGCGCUGCGGCCUUUGCACGGAGACUGGGAAUUGCGCACACGUCCCCUAGGAGGCGACGUACGCGAGCGCCGGUGCGGGAAUGGCGCGAUCGCUGGGCCGCCGGGUUUUCCGCUGGGCCGCGCACGCCCGAGCGCUGUCAGGCUUGCGGCGGGUGGCGGGCAUCAAGUUCGGAUACACGGCGGUGGAGCUGGGCAAGCCGGAGGAGAUGGUGUUCGCGGAGUACGCGGCCGAAACGGAAGACGAGGAUGAGGUUUUGACCCAAGCACGGGCGCUCGUUGCUCAGGCGGCACCGGCGGAAAGCCGCGAGGUCGCCCCUUUACUCGGGGCGCUGCGCCGCCAACUGCUCGCCUUAGAAGCGUUGAAGCCGGCCGGGGGAGUAGAGGCUCAGAAGCCCGCACGGAGUGCCGAGCCAGUGGUGACCGAUCCGAGCUUCCCGCCGCCCGAACUCCCGUCCAAGAGGAAGCGGCGGCAACGGUGCCAAGCGGGAGUGGAGGCGGCCCCAGCCCGGCGUGGGGAACACCGGUUAUACGGCACCGCAGACCCGCUGCAGCAGCCCAGCUCCUGCCCGUGCUCAGGCUGCGGCGCCGUGCUGCAUUGCACCGACCCCUCGCUGGCCGGCUAUUUACCGAGCGAGAAGUACAAGCAGCUGGCGGCGGUCGGCGCGGCCGCUCUGCGACGCGCUGUGUGCCAGCGCUGCUUCCUCCUCGUCCACCACCAGAAGGCCCUGGAGGUGCAGGUGCCGCUCGCCGAUUACCAGCGCAUGAUGGGGAGGGUCGGCCGGCACAAAGCCCUGGUGCUCUACAUGCUGGACCUACUUGACCUGAGCAGCGGCUGCGGGCUGAUCGCCGACUUGUUGCCUUUGUUGAGCGAGCACAACAGUGUGCUGGUGUUGGCUAAUAAGACCGACCUGAUUCCGGCCGACAACCCCCGCUACUUGCAGAGACUCCGGCGCCAGGUGCUCCAGCUGUGCAGUCAAGCCGGUUUGUGGGCCGAGCCUCAAAGCAAAGGAGACGUGCACCUCAUCAGCGCCAAGACCGGCUAUGGCAUCGAGACAUUAAUUUCCCGUUUGCAGAACACAUGGAAAUUUCAGGGGGACGUCUACCUGGUCGGCGGCACCAACGUGGGCAAAUCCACCCUCUUCAACACCCUUCUCCACUCGGAUUACUGCAAGUCCAAAGCCUCCGAUGUCAUCCAGAGAGCCACAGUGUCCCGCUGGCCGGGAACUACACUGAACCUUCUCAAAUUUCCAAUUAUAAACCCCACACCACAUAGAAUGUUUCAACGUUUACAGAGACUUAAAGCUGCUAAGUCACAGACUGAAGAUGACCUUGAUGAAGAAGAGUUGAAAGAUCUUCAGCAACUGAAGAAACAUAGCUACUUGAUUGGUAGAGUUGGUAGAACAUUUCGUAAUACUCAAGUGGGUGAACUGCAUAACAAAGGAAUAAUCGAAUGGAAUCCAGACGAACUUGCCCUGGGUCCAGAACCCGAAGAGGUUAUUCAAGAAAAUGUCUCAAACUCCCAAGACCUGGUCGAAUUCACAUACCAUGAACUAAAAGAUGCUCGUUGGUUUUAUGAUACACCUGGCAUCAUAAAACAGGACUGUAUAUUAAAUCUACUUACAAGUCAAGAGUUGAAGGUGGUGAUGCCAUCCUCUGCUAUCAUCCCUCGAACGUUUGUACUGAAGCCAGGAAUGGUACUCUUUCUGGGUGCUCUCGGUCGUAUUGACUUUGUGAAGGGUGAAGACUCAGCCUGGUUUUCAGUUGUUGCUUCCAACAAGAUUCCAGUCCAUAUUACAAGCCUUGAAAAAGCAGAUGCAAUCUAUAAAAAACAUGCUGGAAGUGUACUGCUUGGGGUUCCUAUUGGUGAUGAGGAGAGAAUGAAAAAUUUCCCCCCUCUGGUAUCCCAGGAUAUUGAAUUGGAUGGAAUUGGAACCCUUGAGGCUGUUGCUGACAUAAAAUUUUCUUCAGCAGGCUGGGUUGCAGUGACUGCACAUCCAAAGGAUAAGAUUCACCUUCGAGCAUAUACUCCUGCUGGAAUUGGCUUAAUGGUUGAGAAGCCACCUCUCCUUCCAUUUAUUGUUGGGGUUAAAGGAGAACGAAUAAGAAAAACCCCAGCUUAUAAACUUAAAAAGCCAUUGCCAUUUGUUCAAAACUUUGCAGCCCACUAGAGGAAUGUGACUGUGGCAUACUUAUAAAAAUGACUUACAGAACUGUUUGUUGAAACUCUGAAUGUGCAGGCUUCAUUUUUUUUUGUAAUUUUGAAAGUAAGCUUGUUAGGUUAUCAGCAAUAUCUGUACUGAUAAUGUUGGAGUGCUGUACUUUUGACAGAAUUGAGAAUAAAUGAAUGUACAAAAUCACAGCAAUCUGCUAAACAAAACUGAUGAAUGGGACAGAGCAGUGUUCUAUAGGGAUUUAAAUGUAGAGGCUCCAACCAUUAAUUGUGCUAUAGUUCAAUCCUCCAGAGCUGAUUGCAAUGUGAUAUCCAUUAGACUUCUUGGACUGUAGGAACAUCCUCAUGCAUUUUGCCCUUUAACUAUAUUUAGCUACUCCAAUUAGAUAUUCACUGUAUCUAACUUGUGGCACAAAGCUAAUACUGCGUAGCAGGCCAAAAAGUUCUUUAGUUUGACCCAACCAUAAGACCUUCAUCCACAUAUUUGCAGUAUCUUCCACAUGAUGCUUUGCAAAGUUUUUAUGGGAAAGGACAUGCUUUUUGUUUAAGCCUGUGCUUCCGCCUUGCCACUCUUCCAUAAAUACCCUUUUUGUACAAGGCCUUGGAUUGUGAAGCCACAAACUUCAUCUGCACUUGUGACCUCCGACUUCUGCAGCUUACUUGUUGGCAUCACAGUAGCCUAAAGUGCCAAUUUCAUCCGGAGGCUAAGUUUAGAGGGACGGCCUGACCUAGGCAGUGUGGCUGUGGUUUCAUUAUUUUCCCCACUUUUUCACAAUGUACUGUACUAAGCUUCGUGGUAUGUCCAGUACCUUUGAGAUGACUUUGUACCCUUCCCCAGAUCUGUGCUUCUCUAUUAUCAUUUCCUGACUUGCCUUGAGUGCUCUUUUGUCUUCAUUUUGGUUUGGUCUUUUGAAAAUCUUCCAUUACAGAGAGAGGGUAUUUAUCCUUGGGAAUUUAUUGAAAACAGGUGAUCCUCAAAUUUUCUACCUCAACAAAUUGGGUGAGUUGAUAAGGUAAAUUACAAAGGGGAUGAAUACUUUUUCAGCCUCGCAAUUUUGAUUUUUAAUUUUUAGUAAAUUGUUGGUAGGUUUUGGAAUUUCUCUAUUGAUUUGACAUGAUGCACAAUAUUUAUAGAUGAGCUUAAAAUCCUACUUUAAUAUAUUUAAAAUUUAGAAAAUGAGACAGUAAAAUGUGAAAAUGGUUGUGGGGCUGAAUACUUUUUCAAGGCUACAUAGAAAGGACCCAUUGUCCAUUAGUAGGCAGGAAUGAUAUAGAUUGGCAGGUCGAAUGAUGUUCCAGCAACAGUCUUGAACUUGCCAUCAUCAAGACCAAGGAAUUGAUUGUGGACUUCAGGAAUGGGAAGACAGGAGAACACAUAUCAUUAAUUAUUAAGUGAACAGCAGGGGAAAGAACGAGCAGCUUCAAGUUCCUGAGUGUCAAGGUUUGAAGAUCUGUCCUGAACCCAACAUAGUAUUGCAAUUAAAAGAAGAUGAGCCAGUGGCUAAAUUUCAUCAUUAGUUUUAGGAGAUUUGGUACAUCACUAAAGACAAGUAAAUUUCUAUAGAUGUACCAUGAAGAGCAUUCUCACCAGUUGCAUCACUGUCAGAUGUAGAGGUGACAAUGCAUAGGAUCAGAAAAGGCUGCAGUGUUUUGUAAACUCAGCCAGCUCCAUCUUGGGCAAUUUUCAUCGGUAAGGACUUUCAAUGUGUGGGACAUGCCUUAGUUUCAUUUCUACCUUCAGGGAGAUGGUACAGGAGCCUGAAGACACGACGUUUAGGAAUGGUCCAUGAAUGGUCUGCUUUGCUCUCUGUUUGCACUACUUAUUUUCUUUUUGUAUUUCUUACUGUAACAGUUUUUAUAUAUUUUGCAUCGUACUGCUGCCAAUAACAACAAAAUCAAAGUAUGUCAUUGAUAAUAAACCUGAUUCUAAUUACUGUCAUUCCCUUUAUAUUCAUUUGUCUAUUUAAAA